AUGUCAUCAGAACAACAAGACAUUAAUCAGGUCCCUAUUCAGGACCUGACCCCAGAACAAGCUAGUCAUAUUAUCCACUCUCAUCGCAAAGUACGAUAUGCUUACGAGCACUUUCUAGGUACGGCAUGUUGGCCAUGCAGGCAGCGGAAGGUGAAAUGCGACAACAAGCAACCCUGUGAAAACUGUGUCAAGAGGGAACAUCCACAGCUAUGCUCUUAUAAACCAAAUCGCUCGAGCGCCUCCAAGCAGGCCUCCAUGUCGGUCGAGGGUAGCCAGGGGAGAAAAAGACCUCAUUCUCCCGUCGAUAGUAUCAACAAUGACCAGGGUAGUGAUCAUCAGCCAGAGGGUUGGGCUCAAGCAAUAGGUGUGCUCUAUCAAAUAUCUAAGGCAUCUAAAUGCGCUGACUGGUAUAUAUUGGAAGAUGAACCCGAGCCUGUAGAGAUGACACGCUACGUUGGCCAAAAUAGUAUUCCUGCGUUAUUACGAGAUCAGCCGUCCCCAAUAGAUACUAAAGAUGGGGUUGAUAUUCGUCGUGAUAUGCGUCCAAUCCUCGGGCUCGACAACUCCGCGCCGUUCCCGCUAAUGUCCUUGAAGCACCUUGAUCGACUAACACAAGACAUAUUCUCUGAGCUUCCUUCAGAUCGAGAAGUAAUGAUUCUUUUCAGAGCUUAUAAAGAGAUUGCGCACCCAUUCUGGGGAUUUGUUAUUGAUAUCGAUGAUUUAGAAUCUCGUAUUAUGAUCUAUCUCGAGGAACGAGCUAAAAAUGCUAGGGAACAUAGCAAAUCAAGCCGGCGUGUUUCCGCAUCAUGGUUAGCCAUCCUCUUUUCUGUAAUGGCCGUCGGCUCGCAAUACCGCGAUUCGCCAUACCAUAUUCGGACGCGAGAUGCCCAGAGAUACGUUCAGAUAUCGUUCCACUUCCUUAGGCUCGGGAACUUUUUAUUACGACCCAACCUAGAUUCUAUCCAAGCGCUCCUGCUGACGGGGUUCUGUCUUCUCAACGACAUGAAAGCUGAGGCUUCAUGGGCCUUGAUCGGGAUGACAUGCCGAUUAGCACAAUCACUUGGUCUUCACCGGGCUGUUGCACAAGACGAGUCUAGUUCGGUCGAGUUAUCGUUGAAGACAUACGCGCGAAGAAAGUUAUGGUGGACCUGUGUAUGGCAUGAUACGUUGACAUCGUUGUCUUUCGACCGCCCUAAUAUGACCAACAUUCAAUGCUGUCCGAUUCCGUUGUCGCCUAGCUCUAAUAUAGAGGGGUUGUCGUAUCUUGAAGCGAUGUACACCUUGUGCCAAUUAAUCUCGCAACAACUCAACCCAGACGCUACCGCCGACUACUCGUACGAAACGAUACUCGAGAACUGCCGAGCUAUCGAAUCCAUCCGGGAAAGAGUUUUCCCCCAAUUGCGCAGCAAAGAAGCUUGCAAGAGUGUGGUUGAUAAAUUACAGCACUACGCCAUACGUUUGCACACCGCCUUCGUGGUAUCCGUUUGUUGUCGCCCAGCUCUCCGUCGAGAUUGUACUAGGCUAGAGGCUGUCGAGAAAAAGGCUUUGGCCGAUAAAUGCAAGGAUAAUCUAACCGAGACUGUACGAAUGUUUCUAUCGAUGCACCAAUUAUCGUUCAUCCCGACUCGAAGUUGGGCAUUCACCUAUCACGGACUUUCUUCCGCAGUUCUCCUUGGUAUAUUAUGUGAGACGAAGCAGGAUCCCGAAGUUCGUCGGCUCCAAGGAGAUCUGAUCUCUGCUCUAUCAGCUGCAGCGGCAAAGGAACAGACAAGCCCUACCCCGGAGCAUAUUCCUAAGAUCGACAGAGAUAUUGAAUUAUCAGGCCCUCUCUCUCGAGCGUUAACAGCGCUGAAGAACAUAUACGACUAUGGAUCUCUACACGGAGCAUCUGGAAUCAAGAGCGAGAGCGCGUCUGGGGCUCGCACGCCGACUGGAGCAGCAAUUCCCCAAGGGCUUCAAAAUAUGAAUCAACAAUUCCGCUUACAGCCCGGAUUCGAUAGACACCAGGACGCUGCUCUUGCUAUGGCGGAGCUGCAGAAUGGAAAUAAUAUGCCGGAUUUUUCAACGACGAUGCCGUAUCAACCGUCAAUCCAACAACAGGUUGGGAUGCCAGACAUGAACCAACUAGAUCCUACGUCCCUGGCGCCCAUGGACCUUUAUGAUUCAAUCUUUUGGGAAUCACCAGAUCCCUUUUAUACCGGAGCUGAUAUGAAUUUCGACUUCCUCCCACAAGCUCCCCCCGGGCAAUCGCAACAACAAUUCUACUUUUAG